AUGUUGAUUCAUCGAAAAUUUAAUUUACCAACAUCAUUGUACAACAAUUAUCGCUUGUAUUUCAAAUAUAUUGUCUCAAAUCUACAUAAACAGGAUUUUCUAAAUAUUCAAUGCAGAUCUAGUCAUUCAGCUAAGGAAAAGGAUGCUCACUCAAUAGUAUCAUUGGAUAAGACAAAAUGUAAUGAGAAUAAAGCGAUAUGUAAAAAUGUCAAAUUAAUUGGAUGGGUUCAGUCUGUUAGAAAGCAUAAAUCUUGCGUAUUUUGUAAUAUAUCAGAUGGUUCAUCACCUUAUGAUUUGCAAGUUGUCACUUCGCCUAGUGAGAUUACUGAUAAGAUAACCGUUGGUUGCGCUUUGUCAGUUGAAGGUGACAUCUAUCAUAUUCCAAAUGUUCUAAAAACAUCUCAAUUGUCGAUUGAUAAACCUACUGUUCAAUGUUGUGGAGAAUUACGUGCUAAGAUUGUUAAUAUUUUGGAUACUGAAAAUCAAGCUGGAGAAUUACAACUUGAAAAGUCAAUUAACAAUGUUUCUCUUCCUUUUAAUCACAGUGUUCCUACGAUAAAUCAAAUGAUAAGUUCACUCGGUCGGCAUAGUCCACGACCUGAUUUAGGAGUUCUACGCUCAGUUGAAGCAUUAUCUAUGCGUCAUAGACUACCUGAGUUUGGUGCAAUGCUUAGAAUGCGUGCCUAUAUUAAGCGAAUAGUUAGAAAAGUGAUGAGUUCAUGUGACUACUUAGAGGUUGAUACUCCGAUCCUCACUUCAACAGAUUGUGAAGGCACUGGUCAGAUGUUCCAAGUUCAAGCACCUGCGCUUAAUGAGACUAGGGAAUCCGAUAGUUCAAGUAUAUAUUUAACCGGUAGUGCUCAGAUGCAUUUGGAAUCUCUUGCUCUGGGUUUAAGUAAGGUUUAUACAUUGAAUCCAACAUUUCGAGCUGAGAAUUCAAGUACAAGACAUCAUCUUGCAGAAUUUUACAUGCUUGAAGCAGAGUCAAUUUACUUAGAUAAUAUUAAUUCAUUAUGUAGUGAAAUUGAAAUGUUAAUUAAAAAGAUAUUAAAUGAAUGUUUAGAAAUUUAUCCUAUCUCAGGAUGUAAUGAACUCAAUGCAUUACAAAAUGAUUUAGUGUUGAUUCGAACAUUCCUUGGAAGUCAAUCUGAAUCUGAUAGCCAUUCCCAAAGUUUUCUAGUUGAUUCUGCUCUGGAGCUAAGAAAUGUUUUGGAAACAAUGCUGAAACAACCGUUUGUUUGCAUUUCAUAUUCUGAAGCCAUAGAGUACUUGAAUAAAGAAAUGGGUACAGCUGAUCUUACUACUUCGAAACCUCGGGAUUUGAACAAAAAAGAGGAGUACAAAAUCCUAGAUUGGGUUGGCGGGAAUCGUCCUGUCUUCAUUACUCGUUUUCCCAUGGAACUUAAACCAUUUUACUGUCAGUCAAUUAAUGGUAUUGAAGCUGAGUGUGCUGAUUUGUUAUUUCCAGGGAUCGGCGAACUAGUUGGCGCCAGCGUCCGUGAGAAUGUUGCUUCUCGUUUACAAACACGCAUGAAAUCCAAUCAAUCGCAGUGGUACAUUAAUUUACGUGGUACUGGUAGUGCUCCCCAUGCUGGUUUUGGUCUUGGCUUCGAGCGUCUUAUGCAAUUUGUUUUGGGAAUAGCUAACAUUCGAGAUGCAAUAGCAUUCCCAAGAAAUGCCAAUAAAAUUAUUUUCUAA